AUGAGCGACGCAGUCUGCGGGCACGUGGCUCAGGAGCCCGACCCGCCAGGAGCUAUCUAUUUCAUGUACCCUCAGCUGGGCGACAUUGUGGACUUCCCUCCCUCUCUCAACGAUGGUGGCAUUGCGGUGGAUCUCUACGAGAUCUCAAUGAACGAGAACAGCCAGGGCUGGACGGUGGUGGCCACCAACGCUGCCGGUGAUCUCUCAACGCUUGUGCAGGGCUGCACCAAAGGUUCUCCGUUGGUCUUCCGAAUCCGAGCACGGAACGCUGUCGGAUGGGGCAAGUACGGCAGCGAGGUGAGCACCGUCUGUGCCACGGAGCCUGCGAAGCAGCGCACCUGGAAGCGACAGCUGCAUGGCAGCGUGGCAGGGUGGAUUGCACCAGACAACAUGGGCUCUGCCAUCACCGCCUACAGGCUCUACCAGGCCCUGGACGGCGGCGCCUACUACCUCAUCUAUGAUGGCUUCACCUUGUCCUUCGAGUCGACUGGGCUCCUCACCGGCUCCACGUACCACUACGAAGUGUCGGCGGUGAACGCUGCUGGCGAGGGGCCGCGUUCGUCCACGAUGCUUUGCGCUGGGCUGCCGGGCAAGCCGACGGGGGUGACCUUCACCCACAACUCCCGUGCAAACCUGAGCACUCAGACCGUCGUCAGCUGGACUGCGCCAUCCGAUGAUGGCGGCUCUCCCAUCCUCCGCUACGAGGUUUGGUAUCGUGACGGUCUGGAUGCUGGACUGCCUUCCUUGCACGCCUCCAAAUGUUUGUUUCUGGUACAUUCCGAUACCGUGUCCGCACGGCCCCUGGCCUUCCGGCCUUGCAACAAGCAGCAGAAAUGCAAGCAGCGCUUGCUCUCUGGCUGCAAGUACUGCCACCACCCGGACCAUGCCACCACCUCUUCCUGCAGCCGGGGCCAGCGCCGCCGCGACAGCGCGGCUCGCCGGGCGCGGCUUGAAGACCCAGAGUUCCAGAGGCUUGCCCUGGCAGCCAUGAACCUGGUCCGCAUGGGUCGGCAGCGGCCGGAUGAGCUGUUCCAGGUAGUCAAGGAACUCGGCAACAAGGCCAUGGAAAUGAAGGGUCGUGUGAAAACGCAAGAGUUCGAAGGCCGCAGUCUGGAGAAAUGGCUCAUUGGGCGCCUGGCGCAUCUGGGACACAAAGAUGACCGGGAGUUUAUGUUGAAGGAGCUGCUAAAGGCACAGAAAGGCUUUGCAGAGGAAGCUACGCAGCUGGACUAUCUGGGUGGGCAACAGCCGGAUGAGCAGGUAGUCAAGGAAUGUGGCAGCAAAGCCAUGGAAAAGAAGGGCAGUGUGAAAGCACAAGACUUCGAAGGCUCCAAACUCAGUGGUCUGCAGAGUGUCCACAGCACGUCGCCUCAGCUGGCCACCUUCUUCGAGCGACUUGUUUCAGCUGCCUCUUGCGAGGUCGCCGUCGUGAACCAGAUGGCAGAGUCACACUCGCUCCCUGGCACACGCAGCGACACGUCGAUCUACUAUUCCGCCACCUACCCGACAGCACCAGCAAACCUGGCGCUAGCAGCGUCGACGUUGAUAUCUGUGACCUUGUCUUGGGACCCGCCCACAGACACCGGUGGCAUGCCGGUGCUGGGCUACAAGGUGUUCAUGGAUGAUGCUCUCGGAGGUGCCAUGGUGGAAGAGUACUCGGGCACUGCGCAGACGUUCCAGAAGGUAGGCCUGGCCAGCGGCUACACCUACCGUGCAGAGGUCAAGGCCUUCACGGCCAAGGGGGAGGGCACUGCAGCAGUUCUGGAAGUUGCUCCGUGCAAUGAGCCAGGCGCUGUUGGCAACCUUCGGGUUCUACAGCGGUCAGGCACGCUUAUCCAGCUCGGAUGGGAUCCGCCAACAGAAACAGGAGCCUGCCCCAUUCUGGGCUAUAUUAUCUUGGCUGGCACCUCGGUGUCGACGAUGGUCAAGGUGGGAAGCACCACUUCGGUGCUGCAAACGACCUUCAACUACGUGCCCUCUGCAGCAGAUGUGGCGCUGGUCUUCCGGGUUGUGGCAGACAACUUCAAGACGCAAGUCUCUGCUACCUCUUUCACUGGUGUCGGCUCCGACAUCUCCGUGAUUGCAGCUGUCGGGGCAUCUCCGGCUGCACCCACAAACCUGGUCCGCACCGGGGGCUCACACAGUGUGCAAGUUGAAGUGCAGAAGCUGAUCACAGAAAUCACGAAUCUCUCAUUUCAAGUGCGGCCAGUCCAACACUUCAGCCAGGUCAUGGACGGCCCCAACCGACGAUGGCGGAGAACUUGCACCGAGCGUCGCUGGGCAGUCGCCAAUGGCGCUGGGACGUUUUUCCUCAACUUCUUCGCAUCCUUCUCGUACCACGUGAUGGCAGUUCUGCUGGUGCUUUACGCCACCGACGAGUUUGGCUUCAGCGACAAAGAAGCAGGCACCCUUUACGGCUGGUGGGGCAUCCUGUCCUCCUUGUGGACGGGCCUUGGCGGGAUGUUCGUCAUUGACGCGGUAGGCUCCAAGCGGAUGGCCGUCUUCGCCACGGUGGCCAUGUUUGUGACCCGCGCAAUGCUGGUGCUGGCGCAAAGCCCCGACACCUUCAAGUUAGCGCUGCUCCUAUUCUCGCCGGUGGCGGAGGGGCUGCUGCUCCCAGUCUUUUUGGUGGCGCUGAAGAGGCUCACUCCUGAGGAGGACCGGCCCAUGGCCUUCAGCCUGAAUUACGCAAUGCACAACGCAGGUGGCGGCAUCGCUGACCUAGCCAUCGAUGUCUUUCGCACCUGGCAGCACAUGGAUCCUGCGGGCUUUUCGGACCUGUUUGGACGCUUUUCCACACCGACGCGGGCUUGCUUCCUUCUCACGGAGGCUGCCUUGCUGGCCAGCUGCUUAUUGGCCUGCCUCCUUCCAUCCGAGUUAGCACCGCCACUGGCCUGCUGCAGAAGGAAGAACAUCCACCUGCAGUUCCAGGAUGAGGAUGAGGGUUCACCCCGCACGGUGGCCCCAAGCACCUCCCCUUGUGGAUCUGCUCUCUCAGAGGCCUCCGCCUUGAUGAGAGAUCGCGGACUAUGGUUCAUUGCCGCCUGUUCGACAGCUUUGGUGGGUGUGAAAGCACAGUGGCACCACAUGAACGCCACGAUGCCCAAGUACCUCGUGAGGGAGCUGGGUGAAGACGUUCCUUGGGGGUCUGUGAACAGCAUCAACUACUGGAUGUGUGCGGCCCUGCCACCGUUCAUCACCAUGGCCACAGCCAAGUGGAGGAACUUCUCUGCCAUUCUCUUUGGAAGCGUGGUGAUGUCCUUGUCCCCUGCCUUCAUGAUCUUCGAAGUCUCUGUGCGUGCCACCUGCGCAUGGUUGAUUACGAUGAGCGUUGGGGAGGUGAUCUGGAGCCCGCGAUUUAACACCUUCUCGGCAAACCUUUCGCCAGAUGGCAAAGAGGGCGCAUUCAUGGUCCUUGCGUUUACACCGCAGUUUCUUGCCGCCCUACCCACUGGCUGGCUGUCGGGGGUUCUACUGGCCAACUACUGCCCGGACUGCCCCAGCUGCAGAGAGCCCGGCACGGGUGCCUUCUGCCGCUACGAGUGCAAGGCUUUGGAUGCCCCGGUGCCUUGCAACGGGACCGGCUUAGAUGCGAACCUCUCCUGCUCGUCGCACCGUGCGCUGUGCGCAGCCGCCAGCAUGUCUGGGUGCCCCAGCAGCUGCAGGGAGUGCGAUGGCUGGCGAGAGCGGGCUAAUGGCCCCGCUUUGUGGGUUUGGGUUACCCUGGCCUCGAUUGUCGGUCCAAUGCUUCUUCUCCUGCUGAAGACCAUGUCGCUGGACAUCCCCCCCGCUGCCAAAGAGCGCAUCUAUGCCGCGGCGGAGCGCGAUGGCGAUGCCAGCGACGCUGAGGAACCGUCGGCAAAGCCGUCGGCCACUGUUCUGGGGGCAGCGAGCCCCGACAGCGAAGCCUCUCUCCCAGUCAGGGUGGGCGGCACAACCUUUGUCGACGCCACGGGCGGCAGCCCGCCAACCAGCACUACCUUCACCGUCACAGGCCUCACGCUGGGUAACUACUACGCCAUUCAGGUGGCAGCUGCUAACCGUGCGUUGGAUACGAAUGCCCUGACUGACCUGGUGCCCAACUACGUGCAGGCAUCCUUCUAUGCAGCAGCCGCGCCAGAUGCGCCUGGUGCUCCCACAGUGGUUGCUUCGACGAGGACAAGCACAGGGCUCCAGGUUUCUUGGACGGCACCGGCGAGUUCCGGUGGCAUUCCCGUGCUGGGCUACAAGCUCUACAGGGACAACGGCGCCAACGACGCCAUCAGCAUCCUGCUGUGGAAUGGUUAUGGGAAGCCGGACGUCUUGUCCUUUACCGUCACUGGGCUCUCAGGCGGACUGCUAUACCGCUUUGCCGCAACAGCCUUGAACUCCGCUGGAGAGUCGCUGCAGUCUGCUGUGACGGUUGUCUCUGGUGGCACCGAGCCGUCUCAGAUGAACGCUUUGGUGCGGGAUGAUUCGGUGAAUCGAACGGCCACGUCCGUGGCAUUGUCCUGGAGCGCUCCUGUGAAUAACGGUGGCUCUCCUGUCACAGGAUACAUUGUGGCAUAUGACGAUGGAGACUACACUGACUUCACGAACAACAGGACCUACAGCAGCGUCACCUUUUCUGACUCCAUUGACGGGCUGCCGCAGGGGAAGUUCAUCCGAUUCGUAGUUUACGCAGAGAACGCCAUCGGGCUGUCUCAGGCCAGCCCCGUCUACCGAACGCAAGUGUGCGCGCUGCCAGACCCAGUGGACAGCUUCACGGCGUCUGAUCACACCUCCAACUCCGUGAAGCUUACCUGGGUCCCUCCCUCCAACACAGGCUGCACCGGGUCUUUGAUUACUGGCUACAAGGUGUACAUGCGGCAGGGUGCCAACCCUUACUAUCUUGUGCACGAUGCUGGACCCGCGGUUCUUACUCACGUCCAGCAGGGACUUGCGGCAGGCACAAGGAGUGGGAAAGCCAACUAUGCCAAUUGCGCUGGCGGUUACAAGCUAGACAGAAGGCAAUGCUUAAACGGCAAGCCCGUAUACGUGAGUGAAGAGAAGGAACGAUUCCUUGGCAAGACUGCCGGUGGUGCUUGGAUCAUUGGGAAACUAGCAGAUCUCGACUCCUUCAUUUCCGAGAACGUUAGCAGCUUUGGGGGCUUCCACUCCUCUGCGGCAAUUGAGCCUGAAGAUGGUCCCUGGGAGAAUUAUGAGGUGACUCGGGUGGAGGAGUUAGAGUUUGUGGUGAAGCAGGGCCAGCCAGAUUACGCCUCGUGUGCUGGAACUUAUCAGGAGAGAGCCGACGUGCGACUGAACGGGAUGCCUGUUUACUUGAAUCGGGAGAGGGGCCGGAUGCUUGCAGCAGACACGAAUGGUGGCUGGACUAUCGCCAGCAUGGACUUCCUGGAGGACUUUCUAAGAACGCAGCCUGCAACAUUCGGAGGCUUCCAUGGAUCCAGCGAGCUCGAAAACGGUUGGCAGAACUACGACGUCCAACGGCUUCUCCCCAAGCGAGAAGAUCCCCUGGCAAGAUGGGAGAAGCUCGAGAACCGAAAUGUUACCUUCCGAGCGGUGGCCAACUCGGGCAUCUGCCGCACGGAGGCCGACUUUGCCAAAAACUGCAAGCGGUGCAUCGACAGCGACUGCGGCGGAUUUGCCUGGCGCAAGCCGCACUUUAAUCAGUUUGGCGAGGAGGACAACCCGCCUGUGUGCUUCUUCUUCCGUCGGACGCAGGUAGAGCUGCGAGAGGCGCUGAAGGAAGACAAGGGCUUCGACUUCUACAUGGCCCCUGCGGAUUUCUCUCCGGACUGUUCCUUCAAGCCCGGCAGGGAUCCGGCCCCCUCAUGCCAUGUGCAGUGGAAGGUGGCUGGCAAAGUUCAUGCCUUUGCCUGUCAGGUCAGAGUACCAGAGCCAUCGUCAUGCACCUACUACUGCGCCUGCGGGUUUCAGAGUGGCUAUUGCGGCAUUCAGCAGCACCAGGGUCAGAAGCAGCAGGUUCUCUUCUCCCUAUGGAACCAUCCCGCUGGGGAAAAGGUGGAGAACAUGAGUGUUGCUGAGGGAGUGGAGGCCGAGCCCUUUGGUGGGGAAGGUAUGAGCCUUGGAGCCUACAGCGUGACUGGCACUGGCAAGCAAGCAGACUCUGAGCUGGCAAGUUGGAAUGCAGGGGAGGUGCAGAGGGCAUAUCUUUUCGUGGUGCGCUCCACUGCCGUCGAGCGAGGUUCUUUGGUUAGCUGCCACUUUCACAAACCCAACACCGGCUGGGUGGAGUUCGCACGACAUCUGCGACCAGAACCUGAUGAAGCACAAGGCGAUCGAGGAAAGCUCUGGGGCCUCUACAGCUUCAUAGAGGACUUCGCUGGCAACUCGGUGCGACGUUCUGCGCAGUACGCCGCCUGGGUGCAGCGAGAGCCAGGUACCGACUGGGAGCCAGUGUCAAGCGUCAAAGGCACCAGUACGGCAGAUUUGGACGUGCCCAACAAAUGCGUCCGCCUGGCUGACUGCCAUAGCCACGAAGUCGUUCUCAUGGAGAGCGGUGGUGAGGCCUUGUCCGACUGCGGCCUUUGUUGUGGGAGCCUGCGUCCGGCACCGGUCUACGUGUGCCAGGUGGACAACUGUGAUGUCGGCUUCCCUGAUGGCGGUUUGGAGGUCGUUGCAGGCGAUGCUCCGACCUUUGGCGGCAGCCCCUUCACGCUGGUCUCUGCAGCGCAAACGGCCAUUGAGCUUUCUUGGGGCUCGCCUUCCGGAGCGAGGCGCCUUGCCAGUGCCCAAGCCCCAGGCCGACGGCUCACUGGGCUUCCAGUGCUGGAGUACGAGUUGUACUUCGACAACGGUGCUGGCGUUGGUGGCAGUCUGAACAACUUGAUCUAUGCCGGCACGGCGACAACCUACCGGCAGGACACACUGAACAGGGGCGUCACCUACCGGUUCCAGAUCCGAGCGCGCAACGCCAACGGCUGGGGACCCCUCAGCGGCAUCAUGUCCUUUGCCGCCUCUGAGGCUCCCGGUGUACCGCGCAACCUCAGGUACCUGGCCUCAACGACGACAUCCCUGCAGGUGGUUUGGGAUGUCACGACUGCAGUCCACAAUGACGAGUCACCGAUCACCCGCUAUGAGGUCUUGUGGAACGACCAGACAACAAUGUCGGCUACGCAGAUGCUGACAACGUCGCCAGGCUUCAAGCAGGUCACCCCACCAGGCCCUUUGACCACUGGCAACACGAUCCGCUUCGAGGUCCGGGCUUGCAACAUCAACGAAUGCGGAGCUUAUUCCUCCAGGCUGGAUUUGGUGGUUGGAGGCCUCCCGCAGGCCCCUUCCGCACCCUUCAUGGUCUCGUCCACAGGGACGGCCAUCACCCUCGGCUGGGACUAUGUUGGCAAGGACAACGGUGGUGUCCCCUUGACACAUUACAACGUGAAAGUGUCCUCGGACGGCGGCACUACGUAUAGUGCUGCAGGGAGCACAGCUGAUGCUUCGGUCUUCAGCUUCACCUACAGUUGUGGUGGCAGCCAGCUGUUCUUCUUCAAGGUAUCAGCUGUGAACGGUGUUGGAGGUGGGAGCGGCGCUGACUCAGACCCUGUGGGCUUAUACUGCGUGCCACCUCCACUGACACCGACGGCACCGGCCCUUACUACAACCGCUUCUUCUUUGACCAUCGCAUUGUAUCAGCCUACAGCCGGGCAGCUCAACAAUGCACAGCACACUGGCUGGCGUAUUCUGGUGGAUGACGCCAAUGAUGCAGACGAUAUCUACAACGAGACCGAGGUGGCCGACACGACCGUGCUGUCCUACACCAUCACCACGGGCAUCAUCACCGGGCACACUGCAGUGCAGAGUCUGGAAUUGGUGGCCCUGUGGUGGCAGCCUCGCCUCCGGAUGCACCAGCUGGGCCCCCAGAACGCUCCUGUCUAUGCGCUCUCGCCGGGUGGUACAGGAGAGACCGUACUUGGUCGGUCUGUGAUAGAUGUCGUGUGCCUACUGCGCAGCCUAGCGCAGAAUGCCUUCCUGGAGCCCACCGGAAGGCCUGCUGACGCCACAGGCCGGCGCCAGAUGCUGGUCGCUGGUGGCCUUGCAGGGAUGGGCUUCGCGCAGAGUGCUUCUGCAGAUGUCUUCGGUGAUGUGGUCCCCAAGAGGAAGCCCUUCAAGGGUGAAUUGAAUUCUCCGGCAGCGCAGCAGGCGCUAGUCGGCAGAGCCCGAGACAUCGGACCCGUCUUCAGCCAGGAUGGUGUCUGCUACGAGAUCGAGAAUGCUCAAGCAGGCAAGAUCAUGAACGCCAAGCGGGGCGUGAUUGUGUACGAUCCUGACGCACCUUGCGGCUCGGGAAAGGCAUUUAUCCACUCUGCUGGCAACGGCCUCUUCGAGCCAAUGACUGCUGGGGGCGGCCCGGGCAAGCACAAGUACUACGCUGCGAUCUUCGAGGCGGAGCUGGUGACAAACUACAAGGACAACAUCGCAAAGUGUGCAAACAUUCCUCAAGGCGGAAAUGAGACCGUCAGCUUUGAGAUUGCCAACCUCGAGCGGGGUGGCAAGUUCUCUGGAUCUAACGGCGGAGCAGUCAUUGAAGGUUGGUACAUCUACGUCUCCGGAGAUGGCGAAACCUGGCCUGACAUCUCGGCCCCGAGCGAUGGGAUUGAUGAUGUCAACAACCGGGUGUUUUAUCUGGGAUGCGGCAAUUGGUCUGCAAGCCAAGCCAUGCUUUACGUGAAAGUGGCAGCAUACAGCCAAGCUGGGACUGGUGCUCUCUCGGACACGCUGGCCUACAGAUGUUCAGCCCCACCAGACACUCCCGCUGCUCCCACCGUGGUGGAUUCAAAUGCGGAGAACAUUACCAUCGCCUGGACUGUGCCAACCAGCACGGAACUGCACAAUGCCCUCCAUCUGGGCACGAAGGUUCAGUUUGACGAUGGAGCUGCCGGCCCGUACACAACCGUGACGCUGACGGACACCUUGCAGGCCGUGACUGUGCAGUACACCAAGACCGGGCUCUCUGCCGGCCUGACCUACAGGUUCCGCAUUCAGACGGCUUCAGAAACUGGCGACAGCACCGAGUCCGCAGUCCUGUCCGUUGUGGCAGCUUCAGUGCCAGAUGCCCCAGUGGUGUCCAUUGUUUCUACAUCGGAUACGACUUUGGAGUAUUCUGCCCAACUUCUGGGCUCUACAGGCGGGUCGCCCAUCACGGAGUGGAGGGCCUACAUCUCCACGGACGGUGUUGCAUAUCCCACCAAUCCAAACAUUCCCACAGCUACCUUGGCUGCGGCCUUUGUCAGCUACUCCUUUGACUGCACGAACUUUGCAGCGGCAAGCUGGAGCCAGCAGUACAUUUGGAUCAUCAUGUCCGCUGUGAGCAAUGCCGGCGAGGGUGCCUUCUCGACUCCCCUGCAGCAGCGCUGCUCAGCUGUCCCGGGCACACCUCUUGCCCCUGGCCUGGUGUCUUCUUCAGCUACUGCAAUUACCCUCAGCUUCGAUACGAACGGUUUGAACGGUGCCUUCCUUACUGGAUUCAAGAUCUAUACGGACGAUGGCAACAACGGUCCCUGGUCGGUUGACCAGAUUACCGACACCACCCAGAGGACCUUCACCAAGUACGGCCUCAAUGCUGGACUGAACUACCGGUUCAAAGUAGAGGUGGUCUCUGAAGUAGGCACGAGCGCCUCCUCGCCAGUUGCCACAUAUGUCUCGGCAGCAGUCCCUGACCCGCCCACGGUCAGCGUGUCGAGCUCCACAGACAGUUUGAUCAACUUGGCCUGGGUUGCAGGUGGGGAUGGCGGCUCGGCCAUCACUGGAUGGCGGGUUUACCUUUCCAAGGAUGGAGCAACUUGGUCAGCCCUGACCAGCCCAGAGUACACCAUCAUCACCGGCAGCACCACAACCCAAGCCGUUGACUGCACAGACACCUUCAAGUGGGGUGGCUCCGUUGUGUCGCGCCAGUAUGUGUACAUGAGGGUCUCUGGAGUCAACGCUGCUGGCACCGGGAAUCCAUCCAACUCCUACCGCUGGAGAUGUUCUGCCAAGCCUGGCACACCUGCCAUACCUGCCAAGGUGAGUGGAACAACCAACACCAUGACGAUCUCGUUUGCGCCUAAUGGCCUGAACGACGCUGUGCUGUUGGGGUACAAGUUUUACUAUGAUGAUGGUCUGAGCGGCGCGUACACGGAGGUAGUCAUCAGCUCUGGUGCCACGUCGGAGUACACAGUGACGGGCCUGACUCCUUCGCUUCCCUACCGCUUCUACAUCAAGGCUUGUUGA